AAUAAAUUAUAUCCCCAACAGCAAUGGCCAAGAAGUCUAAAAAGUCAGAUACAGAAGAGGAAAAGAAAGAAGAUCCAAAGAAAGCCCCUGCCGAAGAAGGCAAGAAGGAAGGAGAAGAAACUGAAGAAGAAAUACAAAAACGGUUAGAAGAAGAAGAGAAGGCCAAAAUUGAAGCAGAGAAAUUAGAAUUGAGAAAGCAGAAGGCAGACCAGUUCGAGACUUAUCUCAAAGAGAGUGGCAUUUCUCAAGCCUUCCAGAUUGUCUUUGCUGAAAUUAUAGCUAAGGGAGUACCUGAUGAUAAGGUAUUUACCUAUGCAGCUGCUAGAUUGAGGGCUCUGAAAAAAGAACUUGAUAAUGCUGAGUAA